AUGGAUAUGUCAUUCCCUAUCUUAUAUCGCCUCUCGCCACGUGUCAUUUCUGAAGAAGCUAUGGAUGAUGAAUCUAGAAGCAUCAGUUCCAAUGAGAGCUUCGGGUCAGGAAGCCACGUCAGCAGUAAAAAGGGAGGCAUCGUUAUCAAGAAUCGUUUCAAGGGAAAGGCAUCCGCCGCCAGCGUGGCCAUCCCCUCCUUCGGCGACUGGCAGAACAAACCCUCCGUCACUCCCGCUACCGCUCCUGGAAAGGGCCGCGCAGGCGCGCCAAACGGGAAGGUUUAUGACGGGGAUGAGGAUGGCGGUUACACUGAAGUAUUCAAAAAAAGGGCCGACGGGCGAGCAGCAGCCGGAUCUGCCAUGUCUCCUCAGUCCACCCUGGGGUAUCAAGCGUCAGGGGCUAACCAACAGUCGUCUGGAGGUGACUCGGGAAGGGGACGGGUACAGUAUGCGCAGGGGAUGCAGUACGGUGAGAGGCCUCUGCAGUCCGGUGAGAGGCCUCAGCAGUACGGUGAGAGGCCUCAGCAGUAUGGUGUGCGAGCGCAACAGUCAGGGAUCAGCCGGCAGUCGUCAGGAGCGAGCCAGCAGCAGUCAGGGAUCAGUCGUCAGUUGUCUCGUGAUAGCCUGCUGUCGUCAGGGUCGAAUCGGCAAGUGUACGGAAUUGACCAGCAGCCAUCAGGACUCAGCCAGCAGCCGUCAGGAUUCAACCAGCAGCUAUCAGGAUUCAACCAGCAGCCGUCAGGAUUCAACCAGCAGCCGUCAGGAUUCAACCAGCAGCCAUCAGGACUCAACCAGCAGCCUGACAGCAGCACCACUGACGAUGAUGCACCUGCUGUCUCGGGAAGCAGCGUUGGGGACAACUUUAUCAAUGACUCGGUUAUUGAUAAGACUGUUACCAGUUACACAGUUACCAAUGACACUGUUACCGGUUCCAAUGUUACCGAUAAUACGGUUACCAUUCACAAUGUUCCCAGCAACACGGUUGCAGACUUGGAGGUUAAGGAGGGGAGGGGGAAGGAAGGGGAGGAGAUUGGGUGGAUGAAAGGGGAGGAAGCUGAGGAGGGUGAGAAAGAGGGGGAAAGUAAGAAGGAUGAAGCCAAGGAGGCGGAGGAGGAGGGAGAGGAAGAUGAAGAGGAGGAAGAUGAGGAGCAGUGGAAAGCACAGGUGCUCAGGAUGGCCGCAGCGAUGAGUGUUGGAGAGGGAGGGGGAGGGGGGGGAGAGGGAGGAGAAGCACCAGCAGCACCGGCAGCACUGGCACUUGAGAAUUCAACUGACGCAGCAGUGGGGCCUGGUCCCGGGUUCUAUGGGGCACCUGAUGAGGCACCUGACGCAGCAGUGGGACCUGGUCUCGGGUUCUAUGGGGCACUUGAGAAAAAGCCUGGUGCAGUGAGCGGGAGGAACGAGGGAUGGGCUUACCAUCAGGGUCUGGGGCGUGUGGCGGAUUGCCUGCUGCUGAUAAUGGGUUCUGUGAGGUUUCAAGCGCUUUCCUGGUGCCCCUGCUUUGGGGGGUGUUCCUGCUUUGGGGGGUGUUCCUGCUUUGGGGGGUGCCCCUGCUUUGGGGGGUGCCCCUGCUUUGGGGGGCGCCCCUGCUUUGGGGGGCGCCCCUGCUUUGGGGGUGCCCCUGCUUUGGGGGGUUCAAAUUUGUUGGGGGGUGGCCCUCUUUUGGGAAGUUCGCCUCUGAUGGGGGGUGCUCCUUCCUUUCCGGCUUUCGGCCCUGGUGCUGGUUUUGGUGGGGGGAAUGGUUUUGGUGCUGGAGCUGGUUUUGGUGCUGGAGCUGGUUUUGGUGCUGGAGCUGGUUUUGGUGCUGGUGCUGGUUUUGGUGCUGGAGCUGGUUUUGGUGCUGGUGCUGGUUUUGGUGCUGGUGCUGGUUUUGGUGCUGGUGGUGGCUUAGCCAGGGGUGCUGCCUCUCACACACCCGGAUCAAACGCUUUCGCCUCUGCAGCUCUGAACAUCGCUGCAGCAGCAGCAGGUCGACCCCCCCCGAAACACACUCCUCACCUUGCCACCCUCCCGCCUGCCUCUGCUGCCGAUGCUGCUGCUGAUGCUUCCGCGGCUGCGGCUGCUGCCGCUGCUUUCGCUGGUGCAAAACCCGGUCGGAGGGAUGGUGUGGCAAAUGGUGGCGGGUACGGUGGAAAUGGUGUUGGGUACGGUGGAAAUGGUGGUGGGUACGGUGGAAAUGGUUGGGUGCACGAGGGAGUGGCAGCAGCAACAGCAGGAGGGGCAGGAGCAGGAGGAGCAGCAGGAGGGGCAGCAGUGCCUGCAGCAGGGCAUGGUCAAGAAAAAAAGGUAAGAUAUCAUGUUGGAUAA